AUGGCCUUCAGCCAGCUGAAGUUCAAGGAGCUGGGCGAGGAGGAGCCCACCUGCGAGGAGGAGGAGAGCCUGGACAGCGUGAAGGCGCUGGCGGCCAAGCUGAAGCUGCAGACCCGCCGACCCUCGUACCUGGAGUGGGAAGCUCGGGUCCGGGGGCAGCGCUGGGGGGCUCGGAGCCCCGGGGGCACCCGCGGGGCGGAGCGGGGCAGCGGGCACCCCCGGGAGCCGCAGGACGGCGGCGUUUGCGGCUUUGGCAGCGUGGAGGCGGCUCUGGAGUGGCUCAGGACGGAGCUGCGGGACAUGCGGGCGCUGGACCAGCGGCUGGCGCAGCAGCUGAUGCGGCUGCGGGCGCGGCUGCACCGCCUCAAGGUGGAGCAGGCCUGCCACCGGCACAAGGAGAUGCUGGACGACGCCGCCUUCGGCCUCGAGGGCUGCGAGGAAGACUCGGACCUGCUGUGCACCAUCCCGCCCAAGGCCGCCUUCCUGCUCUCCACGCCGCUCAAGCACAUCGGCGUCACCCGCAUGAACAUCAACUCGCGGCGCUUCUCCCUCUGCUGAGCCGGGCCCGGGGCACCCGCGGCUGAUUCGGGGAUCCCGAACCGAACCGAACCGAACCGGGCGAUGUCACCGACCGAUCCCGAACAGAACCGAACCGAACCGGGCGAUGUCACCGACCGAUCCCGAACAGAACCGAACCGAACCGAACCGGGCGAUGUCACCGACCGAUCCCGAACCGAACCGAACCGAACCGGGCGAUGUCACCGACCGAUCCCGAACAGAACCGAACCGAGCGAUGUCACCGACCGAUCCCGAACAGAACCGAACCGAACCGGGC